UAUGAAUUCUACACUAAUGCAAAGUCAAACAUACAGUUUUGGAGGCCCUCAACCUGUAAAAACAACGAAAUAUUGCAUUAAAAGAUAGUCCGGGACAAAGUACAUGAACAAAAAAUGUCUAUUUUGAUCAGAUAAUAAAAGCAGCAGGUGGUCUGUCUUUUUCUGUACGCUCUGUAGUGUGAGCUUGAAGUAGAUGUAGAUGCUUGAUGUAGAUAAAACUGUCUGCACACCCAUGCAGCCGCGCACAGCUCAACUUUCACACUGAAGGCAGUGACAGCAGUUUCUGUUUAGAAUAUGACCUGAAAGACAAGACCUGACCUUGUUCUUAUAUCUAUUAAUACAGUCUGUAGGUAAUAUAGGGAGAGAGAUUAAUAAAGAGAUAAAUUAUAAAUACAUUUACUUAAAUGUAAACAAUAAGUUGAACUUGAAUUCCCCCUGUCAAUGAAACACUAAUAGAUCAAGGAUCAAGUUAAUUUAAUUGUCCACGUAUACAAUGUUGCACAACAAAAACAAAGUUUGUUGUCCCCCUCAUACACAGUUAAUUAAAGAUAGAAGAGGAAGAGGAUAAAAACAAAUUAAACUGAAUUUGCAUAUGGUUAAAUGUGAACAGGCGCAACAAGAUGGUGAUGAUAUGGACAAAGAACCAUGCUAGUAUGUCACUAAUGGGUCACCAUGGCAACACUUUGCUGGGGGUUUUGUCCCAGUCAUAAAUGUAAAUAUAACAUUGCCCAGAAAUACUUUGCUGGAUGAGAGACUUGUACUUACACUUACAGUAUAUGAUGUUGAACUGUCUGAACCAUGAUUACUUUUUCAAAGUGCUAAGACAGUGACAACACACUUCUCUCCCAUAACUGCUCACUGUAUUAUUCAACUUUUCAUGAAUGUUUGUUGUAUGUCAUGAGUUAAAGAUAAGUCUUCAAACUUUCUCUGGUGACCACUUUGUAUUUACUUGCUUACAGCAGGGAUCUGCUCAUAACAGCAGUAUAUGUGAUCUGUACGCUGGAGAGGAAAACCAUCUGGUUUGAACAACCAUCAGGAAGCAAAGAGCUCCAGCAACCAAACGGUUGUUCUGCGAGUUUGCCAUCCGAACACGUGAUUUGUGCCUUAAAUUAGCUCAACAAAAGGAUGCAAGCUGUGAUCAAACUCUGGAACUGAACUCGACUCCUUGUCUCCUUGUAGUGACUGAGCAGAGCCCUGUGACCCUCGGUGACUCUGUCUUGAUCAGAGGUUCUUCGCAGUCUCCAGUCAGCGUAUAGCCACCCUUAGCUAACUGAACUCAUUUGCUAAUAUCAGCUAGUAACCACAGCCAAAUAUAUCUACAGCAAAGAGUAUAGCUUCCUCUGCUUUGGAAACCAGCUCCAGCCCAGCUUGGUGACAUGACUGGCCUUUUGCUUUUGGGGAAAUUCCUUAAACAUCAUAAAAUAAAUGGGUACAGUGCAGAGGUGACGUGAAAGUUUCAUUCUGGUUGGAGGAACAAUUCUUUUAAAUUAGGUUUCCGCUUAAAUGGUUGCUUUCCUUUAGGGGGCCAAGUUCUGUGUUUUAGUUUGAACUUUCCUCAGGUAGUAGAAGUUCAGUUAAAUAAUUUCUAUGAAGCAUGCAAACAUUGACUUUAUUCCAGCUGUGACUUGCACAUGAAACAAAAUUCUGUAUAUAUGAAGUGAAAUGCAGAUUUAAGAGUUAAACAUGCAGAACAAAAAUUUAAAAAACUGAAUGUUAACUAGAGCACAGAGUAACCAUGUUGUAUGUGUGUGUGUGUGUGUGCGUGCGUGUGUGUGUUUGUGUGAGCUAUCUAUGAACAAAUGAUCAGCGUGAAGUGUGUGUGUUCCAUUGGCCUGACAAAAUUAGAAAAUAACUGCAUGUUUGUCUCUGCACAGACAAUGAAAAUAUCAGUGCAGGCAGUUUGUGAUGAAAUUAUGAAGUAGUUAACAUCAAGGGAGAUUAAUCUAAGUGUCAAAGCACAUGCAUGUCAAGUGUGUGCAUGCCUCUUUGGUCCGUCUGAUGUGUGAUGAACUUCAGAUGCUAGCUGUGGUUUUCCUGUGAACUAGUUCUGCAAAUUGUCUCGUGAAUGUUUCAAAGUCAGUGUAACUAGCAGCCCCGACACACACAUACACAUCUUCACUGGAGGAUUCUGGACGGUCUUAGUUUUCAGCUUCAUCAUGUCUGGGCGGCUGUUGUUUGUCAUCAUCAUGUAUUCCUUUCAUAAGAUUCAAACACAAGCUCUUCUUCCACCUAAACUGACAGCGACUCAAGCAGAGAUCACACUGACAGACUCAGUCACACUGAACUGUGAGGCUCCAUCAUCAGUUUCUGUGUCUCGGUGUCAUUUCUACAUUGGAUCAAAUGUCAGAAUCUUCUCUUGUCAGAAGACACUUGUAGCCACUGAACUUCUGCAGAUCUCAAAUCAGCGUUCACCUGCUGAUGUUAAAGUGAGAUGUUUCUACACUGUAAAGUAUGAAGAUUCAGAUUCUCCAUCUCCACAUAGUGACACAACUUCCAUCAGCGUACGCACUCUUCUUCCACCUAAACUGACAGUGAAUCCAGUGGUGAUCUCAGAGACAGACUCAGUCACUCUGGACUGUCAGACUCCUCCAUCUGUUCAUGUGCUGCAGUGUUUAAUCUACAUGAUAAAAGGAGAAGGGAAGGAAAAUAUCGAAAGCUCCUCAUGUCUGAGGAAGGUGACAGGAACUGAGCUGCUGUUGACGACAAGUCAGAGUUCACCUGCUGAGUUUAAAGUGAGAUGUUUUUAUACUGUUUCGGGUUCUCCAUCUCCACACAGUGACACAUCCACCAUCACCAUACACAAUCAAACACCACAACUGAGUCUUCAACACUUUCCUGGUGAACACGCUCUCUUUACUUGCUCUCUGCCUGGAUCUGCUAAUCCUGACACAAGAUGUAACCUGUACUUUGGAGAAGCCAGUGAUCUAGUUUCAACAACAACCAUCUGGAGUAAAAGAGACCCAAGAACCAAUCAGUGGUUCUGUCAGUUUACUGUCACAGCUGAUGAUUUACUGAGACGUCUACGUUCAGUUCAACAAAGUGAUGCAAGCUGUGAUUACAGUUUGGGAAGUGAACCCAAGUCUUUGUCCACUCGUAGUGAUCGAUACAGCCUGACUGAUAUUAAGAGAAGUGAAUCAAGAGGGGCCCAAACACAGCCAGCGUCUACAAAGACCACAGGUACAACCAUGACCACAGCAGGUCUGAAAGUUAGCAGGUCUCAGGCUCCCACUCCAGGAAGACACACAUCAGUUAAAAGUCAGACUUUUGGCAACACUGAUGGGUCGAUCUCUACUUCCCAAACACCGGGGACACCAACGUCAGUCAAAACUUGUACAAAACUGGCAGCAACAGGAGACAGUACAGUAACGUUAGAUCAGACACUUCAUGUGCCUGGCGCCGACCCCACACAGAAUCCACCAUCAGCAGAAACAUGGACGUGGAAGUUGGCAGCCAUGGCUGGGUUCGGAGUUGCUGUGGGGGUUAUCUCAGUGGGACUGGUACUUCUUUGUAAAAGAGGAACAGAGAGACGGUCUUACAAGAGGACACCAGCCAAGGUCACAGAUGACUCUACACCCAUGAAACAUCUCGACCAUGGAGGAUUGUUACCUGCAGGUAAUGGUGAGGUCUACAAUGUGAUCACCUCAGUACCUGGUGCUGACUUUUCAACUGGUUCUAAGAAAAUGAACAUGCAAGAGAAUCGAAAUGAGGAUUCUGAUGUAUACCAUUUGUACACCACCAUCUCUGAUGAGCCACCUCCGUCAGCCCUGAAGGACAUGAUGUACAGCACGGUGCAGCUUCACUGAGACACAAAUGUUUUUAUAAUGUGUAGAGAAACAGAAAGCGGACAGUUUUUUAAUUUUUUUUUUAUUGUACUGCUGGUUUCUAACCGUGUGGAAUUCUAAAACUUGUAAUAUAUCUUCUUCUUCUUAUUAUUAUCUAGGAGGGAGGAAGGAUGGAAUUUGAUGUAGGUGAUAUGUGUUGUCUGGUGUUUACCUGAAGAAAAAAAAAAUGUGGCGUGCCACAAGGUACAGUCUUGUGCCUCCUCCUUUAACCUGGUCAAAGUCUCUGUUCUUAUAUGUAGACGAUGUAACUAUUGUUGAAGAAACAGAAAAUAAAUGAUACAUGUGUUUGUCAGAGUCUGUGUAACUCGAUCUCAAUAAAGGGUUAAAAAGUCCUUAA